CUUAACCAACAUGCCACUCGGCCAGCCCUCGGCAUGGUCUUUUGUUAGAUAUGUUCUCACUAAUCAAAUAAUGCCCCUAUUGGAGCUAUAAUUUGACAGAGGGAAAUGCAACAAACUCUUCCAAUAGCUGCCCCACUAAAUCAGUAGCCACUAGGUAACUUGUGAACUCAAAAUAGAGAAUUUCUCUUGAUAACAACAAUAUUAUUUUUGGUAACAAAUUGCCUCUCAGCUUGAACUAAGAAUAAUUAUAUGCAAACAUUUUCUGUUUCUUGUAGUAUCGUCUCAGAUGCUUAUAUACUCACAAUCUUAUUAUGGGCUAAAUCCCAGAAAUCUCAUGUGCAGUGCUGUAUUUAAAGAGGCCAAGUCCAGUUCUUCCAGAGGGCUCCUGGCAUGGCGGCCACAACUGUGCAUUUUCCACCAGGCUACUUGGUUUUGACUCCUGGCUCAGCCACUUACAUACAUUUCAAAUGACGGCUCUUUGUUUCAGUUUUCUUGUCUGUAAAAUGGGGCCACUGAUGAUUCUAACAUUCAAAUGAGUUAAUAUGUUUAGAAUGACGCCUGGCUCAGAAAAUGCUAGAUGUGCAUUAGCUCUCACUUUACGAAGUGUUGUUAGUGCCCUUGGCUGGAAGGCUGUGUUGGGUUUGAACAAAUGUACACCCCUAAAUGGAAGUGAAAUUCGGUAAGAAUGGUGAAAAGAGGGAGCUGCAGCCUGGUGUCCUCAGGCCCUUCCUUCCUCCACGGUCUCCAUCCUGUCUGUACCUGCUAUUCCAAGAGAGGCCCAGAUGCCUGGCUGGUGCCUGUGCGGGCCCCACUUAGCUGCUCCCCCACGCUUUCCCCAGCUCUCUCUGAACCACAAUCCCAUGAAGGUCGUCAUCCCCACAGGCAGGCAUGGGUUAAGCGAGCAGUACAAGAUAGCCACGGAGCCACAGCUGGCUAGCUGGCCACUAGUUGACCCGCCAGGCUCCCUUCUCCCUUCCGUAGAGGGAGCCAAUGAUGGAGGCCAGGAGGUGGGAACGACAAGGAAUACAUGGUACGGGCUGCACAGGUGUGUGGGCCAAAUGUCAGCCCUGUGGGUCCAGAAGGCCUUUGGCAGCGGGGCCUUGCCCAGCGCUCCGACCGUGAGGCCCAUGACUCUACCUUUCACCCAUUACCCUCUGGCCACACUGGCUUCCUUUCGUUCUUCAAACACACCAAGUCCAGACCUGCCUCAGGGUCUUUUUACUCUCCCUAGGGUUUAUUCCUCCAUAUUCUUAUAUGGCUCUCACUGCAGUGCCAUCUUGGCUCAACUGAUCCAUCUUCAGAGAGGCCUCCCUGAUGGCCCUAUACAAAUUCUGUUCAUUUCCCCCACCUGUCACCCUAUAUACCUACCUGGCUUUAAAGCAUUUAUCACUCCCUAAAGUUAUAUUUUAUAUUUAUCUGUUGUCUGUCGUUUUGCCAUGAUAAAUAUGAUGCCAUGAAAUAACAGAUGACAAAUACUGUUGCAAAAACUGUUGAAAGGUGUAGAAAAUGCUGAAAAUUUAGAAGAAACAAGGAUUAGAACAAAUUACACAGGUUUGUAAUUUGAAGGUUUGCAGUAUAGUUGGAUAAAAUAUAGAUAUUUCUAACAAGUCCCUGCUCAUGAUAGUCUCUAGAUUAGGUUUCAGUAACAGAUUGUAGAAAAAACUGUAUACUUUUGAGGCAGCUUUAAUGGGAAGAGGCACCAGGAAGCAGAUAUUCUGGACAGUAAAUCAUUUCUUUUAUAAAAAAAAUAUUUUGUGGUAAAAUUGUGUCCAUGUAACCAUGGAAGAAUUGGCUGCUUUGAAUAAAAUAAUAAAAGAACUCUGAGAUAAGACUGCUUAGCAGUGUCGCGGUUGUAACCCAUCCAUUGCCUCAUUCGCCAGCAGGAAGUGGCAGCCAAAGUUGGAGGCAGGAGUCCACUCACUGCUGCAGAAUGCCAUGGACAUAGUUAAUUUUAUACACACAAGACCUUUCAGAUGCCGUGGGGCUGUUACCGUAAUGGGUGUGAGCUGAAUCUCUAUGAAAGUCCUGUGCUCCACACAGAAGGUUGUUGAUUAUCUCAUGGCGAAAUACUUAAAAGACCUGUCAGACUUAGUGAUAAGUUAUCUUUUUAAACAAAAAGGCAUGUAUUCCUGCCACGACAAGUGUCUGUCAGCAGUAUACUUACUACUUGGCAGAUAUUUCCUAAGUUGUGAAUGCACUUAAUUUGUCCCUUUGGGGCAAAGAGGAUGUUUUAACAAAGUAAGCAGCUGAAUGGCUGGGUGUGUUGACUGGACUUAUCUUUAUAUUUAUGAUCACAGAUGUCCAGGGGCCCCUAAUGCUGCCUGACAAUUUACUAGACUUCUGAUCUAACUCGCCCGUUUUCAAGAGAUAUUACACCUCUGCUCUCUCCUCAGACCUUGUACAGCCCUCCCACUUGCAUGCUCAGCAGAUGGCUUGCUUCUCAUUUCAGGAGGGACAAUCAGGAGAGCCCUCCACCGGUUCCCACCGGUGCCUGCGUCUGACUCCAGUGCCUCCCCUUCUCUCUUGGUCCUGCCGCAGAUGAGUGGUCCAUGCGGAUCCCAUCCCCCCUCCCCAGUUCAGUGAUAGGCCCUUGAAAUCAUUCCCUCUCUUUUGCACCAUCAUUUUUCUCUUUCUGAGUUUAUUUCCAUCAGCUUAUAAACAGCUUAAGCAAGCAAAGAGACAAAAACAGACAAACACGUAAAAGUCUCCCUGACUUUACGUCACCUACCAGCUAUAGCUCCUCUGCUUCUGUCUACAACCAAAUCCCCCACAAGAGUGGUCCACACUUUUGCACCAUUCUCUAUUGAACCCGCUCUGUUUGGCUUUCAUCCCCAACAUUGAAGCCACUCUUGUCAAGGUCACUGAUGACCCUAGUUCAAAACCUGGUCAGUCCCCAGGCUCCAUCUCACUGCAGUUCUCAGGAGCAUGUGACACAGUUGACUGCAUCCUCCUUUUGGACACACUCUCUUCCCUUGGCUUCCAGGAAUCCACACUCUACGGGCUUUCCUUUUACCUCGCGGGCAUUCAUUCUUAGCCCCCUUUUGUCAAUCCUCCUUUGUGGUCUCUGCUUCUCUAUGUGGGAGUGCCCAGGUCUCAGUCCUCUGACCUUUUUCUCUCUUUACACUCACACCCUUAAUAUCUUAUCCAGGCUCUUCACUCCGAGUUACACCGCCAGUUGUUACCUUUCCCCUGAACAUCUAAUGCGUCUAUUCCACAGCACACUCAGCAUCACCACUUGGAUAUCGAAUAGGCAUCACUAACUUAACCCCAAAAGGAACUCUUGAUUUUUUUCACCCAAACUCUAUCAUGAGCCCACACAAAAGUCUUUCCCAUCUCAGUAAAUGGCACCUGCAUUCUUACAUAGGAUCAGACGCAAAACUUUGCAGUCAUCUUUCACUCUUCUCUCUCACGCCCUACAUCCAAUCCCUCAGGAAAGACUCUUCGCUUAUACCUUUGAAGGUGACCACUUCUCAUCAGCCUCACCACGCUCACCCUGUAACAACAGCCUACACCUGCGUUAUUUCGGUUGCCUCCUAAGUGAUCUCCCAGCUUCUCCUCUGCUCCCUUACCACCUAUUCUCCACAGCCCAGAGGAAACCGUCUAAAAUAUGAAGCAGCUGCUAUCACUCUUCUGCUUUCCAUCUCACUGAGGAUGAGCUCUGAUGUCCUUACUAUAACCCACAAGACUUGAGUCAUGGCCUAGCCCUGGCCACCUCUCUGACCUCACACCCUCUACCACCUCCUGGCUUAUUAGGGGCCACCUUACUGCCUAGGUCCAGAGUGCUAAUCCCCCAAACAUCUGUAUGACUUUGUCCCCCACUUCUUUUAAGUUUCCUUUCAAACGUCACUUUUAUCUGAGAGGCCUUUCUAUCUCCAUUUUGAUCUCCCUUGAUGAUCUCAUCUAGUCUCUUUAAAUACCCUCUAGAUAGAGAUAACUCCCAAAUAUUUAUUUCCAGUCCAGAAUUUGCCUCUGAACUCUAGACUCCUAUAUCCAAUUGCCUUCUCAUCCUACCUGGAUGUCCUCUAGAUAUCUCUAACAUAACAUGUCCAAAAUAAAAGUCUUGAUUCUUCCUCUAUUCCACUCUCAAACUGUUCUAUACACAGUCUGUCCCUACUCAAUCAGUGAUAGCUUCAUCCUUACAGUUGCUCAGGGCAAAAGUCUUGAAAUUAUCCUUGACUUCUUUCUCUCUCUUACAGCCCAUUUCUUGUCCAUCAAAAUAUCCUUAUGGCUCUACCUUCAAAAUCUGCACUUCCAGGUUCUGUCUACUUAUCACUGUCUCCACUGCCUUUACCUGGGUCAAGCUACAAUUAUAACUUGUCUAGAUUAGGGUAAUAGUCCCCUGACUUGUAUCCCAACUUCUACCUUUGCCCUUUAGUACUCUAUUCUCCCCCAAAACAGCCAGACUAAGCUGUUAAACAUAAGUCGGAUCAUGUAACUUCUCCAAUGGCUCCCCCGAUAUUUCCCCAAGUCAUAUUCUGCCCCAACCACAUUUUCUACUCUUCCUUUAGCUCACUGUUCCCGCCACUCACUGACCUCCCUGCUGGUCCUUAAAUGACAUGGCAUAAGGCUCAGGGCCUUGGUACUUCCUGUUCCCUCUGCCUGGAAUGAUGUCCCCAGCUUGGCUCUUGAGCCCUUGCCUCAAAGGUCAUCUUCUCAGGAAGACCUUUCUUGACCACCCCAUUAAAAACUGAAGCCACCUUAUAGCUCCCAUUCUCUUUCCUGAUUUCUCCUUGGUACACAUCACCAUUUAUCAUACCAUGUAUUUCCUUAUUUGUUUUUGUCUCUCCCCACCAAAAUAUAACCUCCAUGAAGGCAAGGACUUUUGUUUAUUUUGUUCACUGCUGAAUCCUCCAGACCUAACGAAUACAUCAGGGAAUGAAUGUGCCUAAUGAAGGAACACUAAAAGCUAAAUUUAAUGAGCAUUUACUAGGUGAGGCUCAAUUAGAAGGGAUUCAUAGGUAAUAUAUUAAUAGCUAAUUUUUACAGAGAAGGAAACUGAGGCACAAGGAAGCAGAAACGCCGUGAUUAGAAACCCAGGUCUAACUCAACCUGCUUUCCUUCCUCCAGAACCCUAUGCCUCUCCUGUGCUAUUAAAAGACAACACGAAGUGGCAAGCUGCCAGCGGUCAGGGUCCAUGCUUGGGAACAUGGGCCUUCAUCGCCUCCCCUGCAGCCUGAAUCAGUAAAACGGUCUUGGAAUUAACAGCUGUCAAAGGAGAGUGUGAUUGGUCAGUUCAGUAUUAGGCACCGCCCAGUUUCUUACUGGUUGGUGUUAGUUACCUCGGCUAGGAAAGGGAUGCUGUCUAGGAGAGGGAUGCAGGAUCUGCGAGCUUCGCCCCAGGAGCCUUCCCGGCAGCCGUCGGGACCGGAAUCCGACGUCAAUGUCUCAGUUUCCCCCCGGAGGGCGGCUUCCGCUGCUCCCGGAAGCUGCACGCGCUGCCCGGGUAACAGGCCCGGGCUGUGUCGGAGGCGGUGCCGUUAUGGAGCUGGAGGAGGCGAAAGAGUUCAGAGAACGCUGUACUCAAUGUGCUGCUAUCUCUUGGGGUCUUACGGAUGAAGGCAGAUAUUAUUGCACUUCUUGCCACAACGUUACGGAAAGGUCUCAGGAAGUUAUAAGCACCGAGGCUAUUCCUAAUAGUAAAAUACAAGCCAUCAACCGGGGACUUAAAAGAAAAAGAAAACUUGAGAAAGGCUGGGAUUGGUAUGUGUGUGAAGGUUUUCAGCACAUACUUUGUCAACAAGCAGAAGCCUUAAAGACCCUUGGAGUAGGCCCAGAAUUAAAGAAUGAAGUUUUGCAUAACUUUUGGAAGCGCUACCUUCAGAAGAGCAAGCAGGCCUAUUGUAGAAACCCAGUGUAUACCAAUAGAAGGAAAGCUACGGUAUUGGAAGAUAAUCCAAGUCAUUCAGACUGGGAUAGUGAGCCUGAACUGCUAAGUGACUUUAGCUGCCCUACUUUUCUUGAAAGUGGAGCAGAGUCUCAACCCGAUGACCACACUCGAAAGCCUUUCUCCAUCAGCAGAGCAUCCCAAUCAGAAACAGCAUCUAUCUGCUCCGGCUCUCUUGAUGGAGUCGAAUACGCACUACGGAAGGAGAAGGGGGUUGUGAAGAUGACUGUGCCAAGCACACUGGCUUUUUGCUACCUGGCGUUGCUUUGGCAGAGAGAGACGAUUACUCUUUCUGAUCUUCUCAGAUUUGUUGAAGAGGACCAUAUUCCUUACAUAAAUGCUUUUCAGCAUUUUCCAGAAGAGAUGAAAUUAUAUGGACGUGACAAAGGCAUCUUUGCUAUAGAGUCUUGGCCUAACUAUGAGGAUAUCCAUAAAAAAAUGAUUGAAGUUGCCACAUUUCUAGAUUUGCCUCGUUUUCCAGACAUAACCGAAGACUGCUAUCUGCAUCCAAACAUCUUGUGUAUGAAAUACUUGAUGGAGGUCAACCUCCCUGAUGAAAUGCACAGUUUCGCCUGCCAAGUGGUAAAAAUGGCUGGAAUAGGAGAAGUGGAUUUUCUGACAUUUGAUCCAAUAGCUAAAAUGGCAAAAACUGUUAAAUAUGAUAUACAAGCCAUAGCUGUCAUUGUGAUAGUAUUGAAACUGCUCUUUUUAUUGGAUGACAAUUUAGAAUGGUCUUUGUCUACUAUUGCUGAGAAAUAUAAUGAAGAGAACAAAGAAGAUAAGCCGUGGUUUGAUUUCAGAAAAUGGUACCAAGUUAUGAAGAAAUCUUUUGAUGAGAAAAAACAAAAAUGGGAGGAAGCCAGGGCAAAGUACAUGUGGAAAAGCGAAAAGCCACUCUACCACUCGUCCAUCGACAGAUCAGUGGUAUAUAAAAGAAGGGAAAUGGUGGUGAAUCUACAAAAACAAUUUAGCACACUGGUUGAUUCAACACCAACUGUUGAAAAAAAAAGCCCUUCAAGUUUUCAGUUCAAUUGGACUGAAGAAGACACUGAUAGAACUUGUUUCCAUGGACAUAGCCUCCAGGGACUCCUGAAGAAGAAAGGCCAGUCACUGACAAUCAAGAAUUCACUAUAUUGGCUUAGUACACAGAAGUUCUGUAGGAGCUAUUGUAAACAUGUGACAACCUAUGAAGAAUCAAUUUUUUCUCUGAGUUAUCAGUUUAUACUAAAUCUCUUCUCCUUCCUGCUAAGAAUAAAGACCUCCUUUCUCCAUGAAGAAGUGAGCUUAAUUGAAAAGAGACUUUUUAAAACAAAAUACAGUAAAACGAAAAAGAAAUCUUCAAGAUCCAGGAAAGUGAGAAAAUGACAAACAUAAAAUGGAAACUUUCUUGGGAAAACAUUUUAAUAGUGAUAGUAAUGUCAGAUUGUAAUGUAACAUUCCAGAGAAUUGUGGAAAACAGAAUUUUUUGCAUAUAUAUCCAUUCAUAAUAGAUGUGCAUACAUAUAUAAGAUAUGUAUCAAUGUGCUUAUAAAAAUGUAUACUGGAAAACAAGUGAGCCUUGAAUUUGUUUUUUAAGUUAUGAAUAUUUUUUGAGAAAAUUAAAGCAACAAUGUUACAUAAAUGGUAUCCAGAAAUUUGUAUUG